AUGGCCAGCAUUGGAAACAAAGUUCCACCGGCAAACGGCAGCACAACAAUACACCGCUAUGGUGCCACGACGGACACAAAAUCGGUAGUGCCGGCAGUAAAUGGAACACAACCACACACCGAUCCCGGAAAGACCCCGAAAUCGUUGGACAGUGCCCAGUUGGACAAGAGCUCCACAUUGAAGAUGUACGAAAAGAUUGGGUACGGUUUGGGUCAUGUGCACAAUGAUCUCAGUGUCGGUAUUUGGUUCAGCUAUACGCUCCUGUUUAUGCAAGGUACGUUAGGAAUGCCGGCAGCCGAGGCCGGUGCGAUGGUGAUGUUGGGACAGGUCGGAGAUGCUAUUGCGACACCGAUCGUAGGUUUCCUGACCGACCGGUAUGGAACGAAACGACAGUGGCAUAUAGCAGGCACCUUAAUAGCAUUUUUCACAUUUCCGAUGAUAUUUUCCCUGUGUCCCUGGUGUUCGGUGGCGCCUCACUGGUGGGAAAUUCUGUACUUCGUAAUCGUGAUACUUGCCUAUCAGUUUGGGUGGCCGAUCAUACAGGUGACACACCUUGCCAUGAUACCGGAGCUGUCACGCACGCAGAAAGAUCGAUCAGAUUUAACCGCCAUCCGGUACUCGGUUUCAAUGGUGUCCAACGUGGUGGUGUACAUAGUCACGUGGGCAGUAUUGCGGAGUCGUACAAGCGGUGACAAUCAGAUUGGACCAGAUGAUGCGUACCGAUUUCGGGAUAUCUCUCUAAUCCUUACACUCGUUGGCGGCUCCAUGUCGGUUUUGUUUUACUUUUCACUCACAAUCAGCGGGUAUGAGCAACGACGUAAUACAGCGCUGCAGCACAACGUAGACCGCCCAUCAGGACCGCAAGCAGAAACCGAUAUUGAACAAGUGGAACAUACGCAGCGAGAAGCAAAUGGUUUUCAACAUUUGACAGAAUCUUCGACCGUGCUCGACUCGGUCGUUCAUCGUAAACCAAAGAAAAAUUUCUUCAAGUCACCUCUACUGUACCAGAAUGCCUUACUGUACGUCUUCUCGAGACUUUUUACGACAACCUCACUCGUGUACAUGCCUCUAUGGUUGGACGAGCGUGCCUAUCAACCGAAUGUAACACCGGCAGAAAACAAUGCCAACGUAGAACAUCUAGCAACAGUUCCACUUGUGUCCUUUCUCGCCUCCUUCGUAGCGUCGUUGCUGCUAAAGUACACCAACCGCUUUUUCGGCAAUAGUUGGGUGUACUUUAUAGGAUCCAUUAUAAGUACAAGUGUGUGCCUUUGGAUAGCCCUCACGCCCGGAUCGGGAUCGUUCAGCACAGUGUCCUUAUUUUUGAUCGCCUCCCUAUUUGGAGCUGGUAGCUCAAUCACGAUGAUUAGCAGCCUGUGCAUCACGGCCGACAUGAUCGGGAAGCAUGCGGAUCAGGGUGGAUUUAUCUACUCGGCUGUUACUUUUGUGGACAAGCUGAUCAUCGGUGUGGUGGUAGCGAUCAUCGAGUUGGUGAAAUGUCACGACCGUUCCGAAUGUCCAGAGUAUUACAAAGGAAUGCUUUCGUAUGGGUGCGGUUUGGUGGCAGUACUGGGAUGCUUAACGCUGGCCACCUUACCGUGUACUACCGCAUCCACUCGUCGGCGGAAUCGGUAG